CCUGUUCGCCUUUGAGGUAGCGGACGCUGUGCUCUGUAUUGGCUUCACGCAGAAGCCCUCGGAACGGGGUAAUGAAUGUGGAUCUAUCCGUCCUCAUCUGCCGGCGUGCAUUUUUCGGAAGACAUUUUCAAGUAGUAAUUUUUGUCCCGCAGUGAGGAAUCGGGUGCGAAUACGUGAAGAAAAGGUGUGACUGCCUGUUGAAAGAAUGCAGGCUUUAUUCACUGUUCUAAACCCUCUUCUCUUCCUGAUCAUCUUCGGAUUAUAUCCCUCUAUGACUAUCGGGCCAAAGGAGGGCUGGCAGGUGUAUAGUUCGGCUCAGGACGCGGACGGGCGCUGCAUCUGCACCGUGGUGGCACCAGAACAGAGCCUGUGCUCCCGCGACGCCAAGAGCAGACAGCUGCGCCAGCUCCUGGAAAAGGUUCAGAAUAUGUCUCAGUCCAUCGAGGUGCUGAACCUGCGAACCCAGCGGGACUUCCAGUACGUGAUGAAGAUGGAGAGUCAGAUGAAGAGCCUGAGGACGAAGUUCAGGCAGAUCGAGGACGACAGGAAAGCCAUCAUGGCCAGGAAUUUCAAGGAGCUGCAGGACAAGAUGGACGAGCUGCAGCCGCUGAUCCCUGUGCUGGAGCAGUACAAGACGGACGCCAGGCUCAUCUCGCAGUUCAAGGAGGAGAUCCGUAACCUCUCGGCGGUGCUGACCAGCAUCCAAGAGGAGAUCGGCGCGUACGACUACGAGGAGCUCUACAGCCGCGUGGUCAGCCUGGACGGUCGUCUGAGGAACUGCAUGAAUAAACUGACGUGCGGGAAAUUAAUGCAAAUCACUGGACCCAUGACGAUAAAGACGUCUGGAACGAGAUUCGGCGCAUGGAUGACUGACCCGCUGGCAUCCAGCAAGAACAACAGAGUUUGGUACAUGGACAGCUACACCAACAGCAAGAUCGUCCGCGAGUACAAGUCCAUGACGGACUUUGUGUCCGGGCUGGAGUCGCGGACCUACUACCUGCCGUACAAGUGGGCCGGGACCAACCACGUGGUGUACAACGGCUCGCUGUACUACAACAAGGAGCAGAGCAACAUCGUGGUCAAGUACAGCUUCGGGACCGGCCGGGUGCUGGCCCAGCGAGCCCUGGAGCACGCCGGAUUCCACAACGUCUACCCGUACACGUGGGGCGGCUCGUCCGACAUCGACCUGAUGGCCGACGAGCUGGGCAUGUGGGCGGUGUACGCCACCAACCAGAACGCCGGCAACAUCGUCAUCGCGCAGCUGGAGCCCGAGACGCUGGAGGUGCUCCGCACGUGGAACACGGAGUACUCCAAGCGGAACGCCGGCGAGGCCUUCAUGAUCUGCGGAACGCUCUACAUCACCAACUCGCACAUGACCGGCGCCAAGGUCUACUACUCGUACGACACCAAGACGUCCACGUACGAGUACACGGACAUCCCCUUCCACAACCAGUACUUUCACAUGUCCAUGUUGGACUACAACCCGCGCGACCGAGCCCUCUACGGCUGGAACAACGGACACCAGGUGCUGUUCAAUGUCACGCUGUUUCACGUCAUCAAGACCGAGGAUGACUCUUAAAAGGGAGUGACGUACAGUACAGUACAGUACGCGACAAUUAACGGGUCAUAGUUGGUGAUCAAGCAUUUUGUACAUUUUUCACAAUUUACUUUUUGUUUACCGGUUUCCUGGGGAGCUUUCAUCACCUCAAAUGUGAUUUACACAGUCUGUACGUUUUGAAGAACUGAAGACGUUUGCCUUUUUAUAUUAUGGGAUGGGACACUUGCGUACGGAAUGGACAAAUAUAGGGGCAGAUGAUGGAAUAUAUUCUAAUGAAAAGCAGAAUAUUUUUUUGAAAAUAUACACAAACAUCCAUUGCUGCUGAUUACAGUUAUGCCUUAUUUGCGGUAAUCACAUCUGAGAGCCUCUGGCUUUCGUGAUGACAUCCAUGCAUGAAUGUCUACAUUUUGCCAAGUAAUUUAUUGCCGAAAUGGUAUCUCUCUCUCUCUCUCUCUCUCGUGAAAAUAUUUUAUGUACUUUAUCCUUUUAUUUAUUGUCGUGGCAAAUGCAAUUUGUGAGGAAUACAGUUCACACGGACUUCUAACUUGUUCAAACUGGACUUUCACUUUUCACUCAAACUGAGACAUACUCAAAAGCAUAGUGCUGUAUCUUCUGACACUGAAA